CAUCAGAGAGACCCACAUAAUCCAUCAGCUCUCGGUGCUCCUUAAUAGGAAGCACAUGUUGGAGUGUUCGCUGCUUUUCCCUGUUUAGUGACACUGACGGGGGGGAAGCAGGGAGGCACUUUGUCCUAGAUAGAACACAGACAUCCUUCAGCAAGUCAAAGAGAGAGGCUCGGGCAGACAGUAAGUGAGACAGAGAGGCAGGGAGGCAGGGAGGCAGACAGACGGGGAAGCAGCAGGAAAAAAUAAAGUAGGACGUUGGGGGGGGGAGGACAGAUGCAAGGACAGAGACAUGAAGACAGGGAAAUAAGCAGAUGCAGGCGGCGAAACUGUUGAAGCAAGGAUAGAGGAGAAGAAAGAGGGAGCAAGAAUAAUGAAGAGGUGGCUACACCAUCUGCUGCCACAGAGGGAGAAAUAUGUUAGCCAGUCACACGAGAGCAGGGAGGCAGCCGGCGAUCUGCAGUGAGGUACACACAACCCCUCCUGAAUGGUAGUCAGAAUGAAGAGUCUGCAGCUUAAAGAAAGAAGAGGCUCGAUGAAGAGAAUUCAUCCAAAGAUUUCUCGGAAGUCUCGCCAAAUCAAUAUUUGACCAGCAAGCAGCAUCCCUGUCUGGACUAACAGCCGCUGUCAUCUGUCUUUGGGGGAAUACUCACAUUACACUGAGCCGGUGCUGUCUUAUUUUUACAGAAAAACUAAUUAAGUCUAGCCUAGACAAUCAGAGCUGUUACACUAAUGAUGCACACUCCGGCCUCCAUGGUGAUGGGGAUUGUCUUCGCCCCCUUGGGACUGGUCCUCGUCUUCACGGCUGCCAUCACCCCUCAGUGGAGGGAGGGACAGGCACGUCUGAGCAUGACAGGGCCGGGGUCUCUUCUCCGGUCGGGGGCUAAAGGUCAGGGAAUGGGGGUCAGGUCUGGGUCAGUGGAGGCGCUGCUCUUGCUGCGCUCAGAUGGCCUCUGGGAGAGCUGCCUGCAGGUGGAACACUCGGAGCUGAAGCAGUGCUGGCCUGUAGCUGGUCCGUACCAGAGAGACCCACGGGUUCGUCUGGCCCAGGGCUUGGUGCUCACCUCCUUGUUCCUGUGCGGCACCGGUAUCGUCCUGGCUUGUAUCGGGGUCCGGUGCUGGACUGAUCUGCCCCUGAGAGGCGUCGCAGCCUCAGGAGGACUCCUGGUGGUGACGGCCGGGCUGCUGAGCCUGACUGCUUUAGGGGUGUACACCCACAACCUCAGAAGACUCGGGAUGGAUCCCAGUCAGAGGAUCAACAAUCCCAGGUUCCCCCACCUCAGCUUGCAUGCAGCUGGCUCGCUCUACUUCGGCUGGUUGGGUUCGUGUUUACAGGUGCUCGGAGGAAGCGCUUUGCUGUUCAGCUUCAAACGACCACGAUGCCCAACCUGCCCAUCCCGCCCAGAGCUGCCAGUCUGCCCAGCCUGCCGCUCAUGUCCAGAAAUUACCAAUAAGACAGACAUGGAUGUAUAUGAAGUCAGCUGUUAGAACUUGAACCUUAGACUCACAAAACUUCAAGAAAAAAAUUGGCAAAAAUGAAUACAAUUGGACAACCUCCCUUCUAUCAGCUAAUAAAUCUGCCAGCUGAUACAUAAAUUCCUAAAUUAGAAUGAAUUGCUUCAACCUGAUUAAUGAACGUUAAUGCAGGUAUGAACAUAAUGUAUGCAGCUUCCUCUUGACAUAGAAACAUAGUGUAGGGGUGUAAAUACAAAGUGAUGAAUGUUGAUGAAUAGAAAAAGAUUCAAGUUCCUGCUGCCUUGAACUGCUCCAUGUAGUGAAACAUGACUGAAGUGUCACUUUGUGAUGCCUUUUACAUUGUAGCCAUGACUCUGUACUGUUAUCAAACACACGACAUCUUUUGUGUCUGAACAAAACUGUGAAAUGUAAAAUAUUUGUGAUAUUUAGUAGAUUUGCAGUUCCUUAGAUGAUGGUAGAGCUUCAAAUGAGAAUGGUUUAGAUCCCAUUAUAGGCCACUGUGAUAAAAAUUUAAACAUUGGAUUUUAUCUGUGCUAAUGUGUCUGACAUUCCAGUUUUCUUUGGGAUGCAUAAUGAAUUUUUUUCCAAUUCAGUGACUGGAAACAAUUAAAAAGACCACUUUUUGAAGUCAGAAUAAAGAGAAUGUGUUGUGUAAUAAUCUGCCCCUUUCUUAGCCAGUCUGUCUUGUUAAACUUUUGUAUGAAACCUUCACUACGGAGCCUUCAUCUGAUGAUUGUGAUGUCACUGACAUGAUAACACGAGCAGUGAGAAGAUUCAAAAAAAUGUUGGAGGAGGAAGUGUAACAGGGUGUUGUUUAUUCCUUGUAAAUUAUUUGUUGGUGUAAAGAUAUUAUAGUGUGUUUGCACUUGUUGGUGUAUUCUGCAUUGAAUAAAACAUUUCACAGAUA